GAUGAUAUGGAUGGUUAACUAUUUUCUUUUAACCAUUUUGCCAUCCCUAAUUCUGACAUCAGCUGGACUGAAAAUACCCAUUAGGUUCACAUGGCACCCCAAAAACAAAAAACAAAAAGAAUCUUAAUAAUAUAGACAUUAGACAAUGGUAGGUGCAGUCAACUCAUGAAUAGAGACUUUGGAAUUUUAUAUUCCAUGCUAAGAGGGAAUUUUCAAAGGCAUACGUUUUUUUUUCCUGUCCACAUUAGUAUUGCCGCCCCUUUUCCUAUUUUUUUAUUUUUUUAUUUUAAAUUAGCUUUAUCAUCUAGAGCUGCAUUUACAGUCUCGGAGGAAAGUUUCAAGGCUAUUGCAUGGAAAGCUACCAAUAAGACUGGCGUAAAAUAUCUUUGCCUUUUUAUUCGUUUGAAAUUUCUCCUUCUGGUUGUGAACAAGAACCUUACUUUCGUCCAAUCCUCUUAAGUUGAAAGCGAACUUUCUACAAUAAUCACUGGAAAAGUCAUAAAAGGAGCGGCCAUUUCUUUGUUUACCAUAAUAGUACUCAAGUAUGACAUUUUUUGUUAGUCAAAACUGGAUUAACUUUGACUCUUGGACAUUUCAAUUGAAUCAUAUAUUUUACGUAACUUCUCCAAUAUCAAAGUAUUCCUCCAGCCAACCAAAUCUAUCAUUGAUGAGUUCUCACAAAUGCAUGCUCAAAGCUUCCCUCUUCCUCUGCUCCAUUCCGUCAUCACCUUCAUAUUCUUCUUGAUCACUUCCUCACUAUCUUAUGGCCAAGAAAAUAAACAGCUUACCACCUGUAAGAGCUCCUAUAGCUGUGGGAAUAUUCAGAAGAUCAGCUUCCCUUUCUGGGGUGGUGAUCGACCUCAAGAAUGUGGUCUUCCACAAUUCGAGCUUGAAUGUGAAGCCAACCAUAAUCCCGUUAUGAAGAUUGACAAUCAUGAUUUCCGCGUACUUGACAUCAAUGAAGAAAAGCAAACCAUGAGAAUUGCACGUAAAGAUCUUGAAGAAGACAUUUGUCCUGAUAGAUUUGGUAACACUACCUUGAAUGAUUCUCUUUUCCGCUAUGGUCCGGACUUGCGAGUUUUCGUCAUGUUCUAUGCUUGUCCUUUUAAUAUACCUUCAGAAUGGAAAAAGUUCUCCUUUAGCUGCAAUAUCAAUGGAAACUCCAGUCUUGGUUUCUAUCCAGAUGAGUCAUUUUCAUCAUUCUGGGGCCCAAAGUACCCGAAUUGUGAGCAUAAGGUCAUGGUUCCUGUUGUGAUGAAGGCAUUUGAGCAGUUCAAGAACGAAGGAAGUACGAAGAUAUUGGAGCUAUUGAAGCAAGGGUUUGAUGUGGUGUAUAAAAAAAGCACAGAAUGUAUAGUUUGUGAGAAGUCAGGCGGGUUAUGUUGGUCAGAGACAAAUCUUACGGAGCCAACGUGCCUUUGUAGGGAUCGAACUUAUUCCUAUUACUGUGGUUAUGGAACAGAUCAAGGCAAUAAAAGAGAUAUCAGAGUGAAGGCUGCCGUAGGUGCAAGUGCAACUGCAUUAACUGCCUUUGUGGCAUGUGUAAUUUUCUUUCUCUAUCGUCGACAGAAGAAAAGUGACGCUGGUUCGUCUUUGAUCUCCAGUAGCAUCCUUUCUUAUCCCUCCUCAAUAACGGACCCUGAAAAGGCUUCACACUAUUUCGGAAUUCACGUAUUUGACUACAAUGAACUGCAAGAAGCCACAAGCAAUUUUGAUUCCAAAAAAGAGCUAGGAGAAGGUGGCUUUGGCACAGUAUACAAAGGUAAACUUCGAGAUGGACGUGUUGUUGCUGUAAAACGUUUAUAUGAGAACAACUACAAGAGGGUUGAGCAAUUCCGCAAUGAAGUUGAACUCCUCACACGCUUGCACCAUCGAAAUCUAGUUACCCUUUACGGAUGCACAUCUCGCCAUAGCCGCGAGCUUCUUCUGGUGUAUGAAUAUAUUCCCAAUGGCACAGUUGCUGAUCAUCUUCAUGGAGAACACACUAAGCCUGGAUCACUUUCAUGGAUUACACGAAUGAGCAUAGCCAUAGAAACCGCAAGCGCACUAGCCUAUCUCCAUAAUUCAGAUGUCAUUCACAGAGAUGUAAAAACUAACAAUAUCCUCCUAGACAAUAAUUUCUGCGUCAAAGUAGCAGAUUUUGGCUUGUCUCGGCUUUUCCCAACUGAUGCUACUCACGUCUCAACAGCUCCACAGGGCACCCCUGGAUAUGUUGAUCCCCAGUAUCACGAAUGCUAUCAACUCACCAGUAAAAGUGAUGUUUAUAGUUUCGGGGUAGUACUAAUCGAGCUUAUAUCCUCCCUACCAGCUGUUGAUAUCUCUAGGCAUCGAUACGAAAUAAAUCUGUCAAAUAUGGCUAUUAACAAGAUUCAGAGCAAUGCACUGCAUGAGUUGGUUGAUCCAAGUCUUGGUUUUGAUUCCAAUGAGAAGGUAAAGUUGAUGAUCACCGCCGUGGCAGAAUUGGCUUUCCAGUGUUUACAGAAUGACAGGGAUUUGAGACCAUCCAUGCAAGAGGUUUUGAAGUCUCUACUGGGAAUUCAGAGUAUGGACAAAACUGCAGGAGAAACAGAUCAGAAAGCAAGUCCUGGUGAUGAUUCUGGGCUGUUGAAGAAUAACGCUUUAUCUCUCUCACCUGAUUCAGUUAUUGCAAAGUGGACUAGCAGUAGCAGGUCAAGAACAUCUAAUUCCAGUACUGGCUAAGUUUAUGCCCUCAGCUUGUCUAUUUUGUGGUUUUCUUGAUGGUGAUUCUUGAGCACCUGCUCUAUUGGUUGCCAAAACCUGAAAUUUUUGCGUCUUUCUUUUAUUAAUUUGGACCAAUUUUAUCUUAACAGGGAUGUACAUAUCUCGUAUGCAGCAUUUCACAUUUAACAAUCCUAAUUCAAUUCAUUUCUUAAAUUCG